CACUUUGUUGCCAAACAGCCCCUAAAAGUCGCGGUCAGCUACGUUAUACAUCGUAAUCCCCUAAGCCGGCGACCAUUGGAAGCUCGGGUCCGGCGAAUUUCGGGGCUCCGGCGCGGUUAUUCUCCUUUACCCGUUCUUUUCAUCUUCUUCUUUCCUGAUUAUCUCUCCUUGCUUUACCUGUUCUACUGCUUCUACUUCGAAUUCUCCGGGGAGGUGAGUAACUGGCGUCUGAGGAAUUGGGGGAUAAUAUGGAAAUAGGAGGAAGCGGGCAUGUUCAGCAGAAGCAACUGGAGGAUUGCACUGUUGCUAAUGCACUGGGUACAUGGUUUUUUUCGGUAGCUGGGGCUCUAAUUGCAAUCCCAGUGGGAAUAAGAAAGAAAUCUUUGGCACCUCUAGUCUUCUUUGGUACAACUGGGACAAUGCUUGACAUUAUAAUGGGUAUUAGCCAAUGUGAAAGGGAAUAUGCAGAAAGGCAGAUGAAGCUGAUGGAAGAACAAAACCUUGGCAGCAGUUCAGUUGACACAUUAGAUGUGGCUGAUUCAUAGAAUAUUUCAUAACACAAAAUUUUGAUGAAUAUUAUAAUGUUUGGGUCAUGGGUGAAAGACUAUUAUUUGAGGACAUAGAAAUACUCUAUAUGCUUUGUUUGUUGUUGCUUUUGUUUCUCCUAAAUAAUUUUGUUAUAUUUAUGAUAA